UCUAUAUAUAAAUACAUAUCCUUAUUUAUUUUAUUUUUUAAGAAAAAACUUUACCUUUUACCUUUCUUCUUCAGCAAAUUUCAUGGCGUUUUCUUCUUCUAACUUGGACUUAACUAUAUCAGUUCCUUCUUCCGCGAGAGAUUUGGAUAUGAACCGAUUACCAUCGCCAGGAUCCGAUGAUGAAUGGAUCGCCUCCACCAUGGAAGUCGUCGUCGACGAAGAAAACACCACCAAUGACGGCGUCGUUCCUCGCAAAAAGCUUCGCCUUUCGAAAGAACAGUCUCGUUUGCUCGAAGAAAGUUUCAGGCAGAACCAUACCCUAAACCCUAGGCAGAAAGAAGCAUUGGCUUCACAACUCAAGCUUCGGCCCCGACAAGUUGAAGUUUGGUUCCAGAAUCGUCGAGCCAGGAGCAAGUUGAAGCAGACGGAAAUGGAGUUCCAGUAUCUGAAGAGAUGGUUCGAAUUUUUGACUAAACAGAACCAAGAGCUUCAAAGUGAAGUGGAGGAGCUUAGGGCCUUGCAAGUAGGCCCGCCCACCGUCAUAUCUCCUCACAGCCGUGAACCGCUCCCUGCCUCCACCCUUACAACCUGCCCUCGCUGUGAGCGUGUCACUACAAUUUCUUCCCGUGGCGCUGGCCUCAUUAAUACGACAACCUCCACCAACAACACCUCAACCACCUCGGCCCACCAAUCAAGGCCGUCUUCGGCGGCUGGUUAAGUAGUACAACUGACUGAACACAAUAGAAACUUAUUUAGGUUUAAAAAAAAAAAAAACAAUGUCCAUAUUAGUUUACAAAUUUAGAUAAGGAUUUUAUUUGGUUUUUUUUGCUUUCUUGGAACUCGGUUUUUUUUUCCUUAAAGCAAUUGGAAUCAAUGGAAUUGAAGUUCUUGCAUUUUAUGGUAA